UCUGACAUCGUGGAGUUGGUCACAAACCAGGAGCGCUCGAGUUAUUUAGGGGUGCAGCCACAGCAAGGCUGGAGCCGCUCGAAAUGGACUCUGCUUGACCGGCCCACCAAAAGCCCUAGCACGAUAUAUUUAAUGAAAACGGCAUUGGGUAGUUUAUUGGGCUUCGAGUCACCCAGGCCUGAUGAUCAUAAUCCAAGCCCCAGAGUUGAGUGGCCAACCUCGUCAUAUCCAAAGUCCCGCCGCCAUGCAUACUUCGCUUGGACCAGCGCGAAGCUCGACGACGUCGUGGAUAUCAUUCCAUGUCGACGCUGCCGGCAAGGAAGUGAAAUCAUCAGCGGGCUUCUACUUCGUUAUAUUGACGGACAGCAAGCAUGUGUCGGACAAAUAAGGCUAGAUCAACUGCAGAACCCUAUUUGCGUUGAUCGUGAUUGCAAGAUGUGGUUCAAAUUCUCUCUCACGAGCGAUGGGCCUAUCGUAUCUGGUAUCGAGCAGUUACGGGAAGCACCAUCCCUAUCGAAACGCGAGAUCUGGUUUCGGGUGGAUUGGUGCGGUGGCCUCGAGUGGUGGUAUUCUGAAAGACAAUGUCAACUAUCCCACCAGGGACGCCUAAGCCCCGAAACAAUGCAAUAG